CUUCGUCACAAGUCAUAUUUAAACAGGAAGCAUUCUUAACUCCAACCAGAACCAGAAGUCCUCCAUCACUGGGCUGGCUGGUCUCGGCACCAUGAGGAGCGGAUGUCUAAGACUGGUCCACGGGCUGCUGUGUGUCCUGCUGAGUCUCUCCAGAGCCAGAGCCCAGGGCUCUCAGGCCUGUAACCCCCGGUGCCCUCCUAACUCGGAAUGUGUCAAUGCCACUGCCUGUCGCUGCAAGCCAGGGUUUGCCUCUUCAUCUACAGAGAUCUUCACUGACCCCCUGGAGAUCUGUGAUGACAUCAAUGAAUGUGUGCCACCCAUGAAAGUGUCCUGUGGAAAUUAUUCUGACUGCCAGAAUGUGGAGGGGAGCUACUACUGCAUGUGCAGCCCAGGCUAUGGGCUCCUUUCUGGGGCAAAAAAGUUCACUAAUGAGAGAGAGAACACAUGUCAAGCUGCCGGCUGCCCGCAUCCUGCCCCUCUUCUUCCUCUUGCAGACGUGGACGAAUGUAAGCAGAACCCCAGAAUCUGCAAGGGCCGCAGCACCUGCACCAACACUCAGGGCAGCUACACCUGCCAGUGUCUGCCUGGCUUUGAGAUCAACCCAGAGGACCCGAAGCUGUGCACAGAUGUGAAUGAAUGCACCUCUGGACAAAACCCGUGCCACAAAUCCACCCACUGCCUCAACCAAGUGGGCGGCUACCAGUGCCGCUGCCGACCUGGCUGGAAGCCGGUCCCCGGAUUCCCCAACGGCCCCAACAACACCGUGUGCGAAGAUGUGGAUGAGUGCAGCUCCGGGCAGCAUCAGUGCCACCAGUCCACCAUCUGCACCAACACCCUGGGAUCAUACCAGUGCCACUGCCGCCCAGGCUGGGAGCUGAUUCCUCGGAGAAUCAAUGGCCGGAACAGCACCAUCUGCAAAGUCAUGCCGUUCUUCACCUGGCCUCUGCCCCCUGGAGUCCACAGCCAGAGUCUCUCCCGCUUCUUUGACAAAGUCAACAAUCUGCACAGGGAUUUCAAGCCAGUCGAGGCCAAGGACACCAUCCAGAGGAUCAUGCAGGAUGUGGAUGAGCUGUUGGAGACCCCUGGGGACCUGGAGAACCUGCCCCCCUCACAGAAGCACUGUGUGGCCACUCACCUGCUGGCAGACCUGGAGAGUGACCUGAGACACCUGAGCAGGGGUCUGCCUGAGGGGACAGCAACCUUCAAUUAUUCUGCAGGCACACAACUGUCCCUAGAGGUGCAGGAGCGAGGAGAUGGCAAUGUCACCUUGAGUCAGAAUCAGGCAAAGAUGCAGCUGAACUGGAAUCUGGCACAGGAAUCUGCUCACAGAGGCCCUUCUGUGGUGGGCUUGGUCUCCACCCCAGGGAUGGCCAAGCUGCUGGCCGAGGCUCCCCUAGUCCUGGAGCCUGAGAAGCAGGUGGCUCCCCAUGGGACACACAAGGACUUGCUGCCGAGAGUCUCCUCUGUCCUGCUCUCAGAUGUCAUCUCAGCCUUUUUGAGCAGCAACAACACCCAGAACCUCAGCUCAUCAGUUACCUUCACCUUCUCCCACAAUCUGGUGACACCUGCACCAAGGCAUGAGGUGCUCUGUGUCUUCUGGGACCACAGCCAGAAUGGAUGUGGUCACUGGGCCACUGCAGGCUGCAGAACAGUGGGCACUGGAGAUGGCAGCACCACCUGCCACUGUACCCACCUCAGCAGCUUUGCCGUCCUCAUGGCCCACUACCACGUGCAGGACGACGACCCCGUGCUGAGCGUCAUCACCUGCGUGGGGCUGGGCGUGUCGCUGCUGUGCCUGCUCCUGGCGGCCCUCACCUUCCUCCUGUGCAGAGCCAUCCAGAACACCAGCACCUCCCUGCACCUGCAGCUCUCGCUCUGCCUCCUGCUGGCCCACCUGCUCUUCCUCACGGCCAUCAACAGAACCCAGCCCAAGGGUCUCUCUCCUCCCCAGGUGCUGUGCGCGGUCACCGCGGGCGCCCUGCACUACCUCUACCUGGCCUCCUUCACCUGGAUGCUGCUGGAGGGGCUGUUCCUCUUCCUCACGGCACGGAACCUGACUGUGCUCAGUUCCUCCAGCAGAAACAGGCUCAUGAGGAGGCUCAUGUUCCCUGUGGGCUACGGAGUCCCAGCCGCCAUCGUGGCCGUGUCUGCAGCAGCCAGACCUCACCUGUAUGGCACCCCUGCUCGGUGCUGGCUCAAUCCAGAACAGGGGUUUGUGUGGGGCUUCCUUGGACCCGCCUAUGCCAUCUCUUGUGUCAAUUUGGUUUUCUUCCUGAUGACCCUCUGGAUUGUGAAGACCAAGCUGUCCUCCAUCAACAGAGAUGUGUCCACCCUCCAGAACACGAGGAUGCUGACAUUUAAAGCAAUGGCUCAUCUCUUCAUCUUGGGCUGCACCUGGUGUCUGGGUGUCCUGCAGGCCCCCGUCAUGGCCUACCUCUUCACCAUCGUCAACAGCCUGCAGGGCGUCUUCAUCUUCCUGGUGUACUGCCUCCUCAGCCAACAGGUCCGGGAGCAGUACAGGACAUGGCUCAAGAGUAUCAGGAAACAGAAAACUAAACCUGAGUCCUACACUCUGUCUAGCAAGGCUGUUUCCGAUGCCUCCUGACCCAGCACGACUAAUUAGAAAGAUUGCUGGAGCUACAUCCUCCUUCCCCAUGGAAAAUCUGAACCUCCAUUUUUUAGCCAUUAGGACAGGACAAAGACUCUGUGCUGUGUGUUUCAAGAAACCCAUGGUGUUGGCCAUGUGAAGGGAUUCUUGGAGGACAUGAUCGACAUUCAAUACCUGCAGAACCUGAAAUCUGUCCAUGCCCGACAUGGUGCUGGGCAAACUCAACAUCCAGAUGCCAUCUGCCGCCCAAUUCCUCAGUUUCUCUGUUAAACGUUCUUCUACUGCCCCCUCCCUUCCUAUGAGGCCUCUUCCAUGCAAAAAUUCUAGAAGCAAGAAAACCAGUCUCCCAGGAUGCUCACAACCACAGCAUUCAAAAGGAAUAGAACUCGCCUUAAACUUUUUGUGAAAAAAUAAAAUAGAAAUAGAAAAAAAUUAUAAAAAUAAAAUAUUGUGGUGCCUACAAGGAAGAGACCUUGCUCUAUGUGGGACGUGGGCUUCUGAGGAUGUGGAAGGCUCCCCAGAAUGCCAUAUUCCACUAUAGAUCUUCCAUAGUCAUGUAGAGGCCAAAUUGCCAAGAAAAUUGUUCCCCAGAUAAUUGCCUGACAGACAUGUUAGUAAGUAAGAAGUAAAGAGUAGGAGACAAGACUGGGAAGACAGGGAGAUGGGCCUGGGUCACUUCCUGGGCAGUGAGUACAAACAGCACCUGCAGAUAUUUGCUAAGAAACUUACAAAAAGGCUAUUUUUAAGUCAGGACCUAUGUGACUCUGGUCCGUGCCUUUCCAAGGAAGGAAAAAGGCCUGAUGGACAUAUUGAUUGGACAAAAGGCUUCAUGGACACCCCGUGGACACUGCAUGAAUGAAUAUACUUUGUGACUUUUUCUAAUUGUGCUAAUUAAUGCAAGUAAUGGCUUCUUUGUCUUGUAGGGCUUCUACAGAACAAGCAGUUGUCGUUUGGUAUCAGGGUUAACAUAGACUUGGCACAUUUAUUUUCAUGUGAUUCCCAAUAAUUCAUAUGCAUUGCAAAUAGGUGAGAUUUCAAAAUUACUGAUGAUAUUUCUGGGUGAUGAAUUGGGUGAGUCAAUUUCUUCAUUGAUUGGUCCAUUAUUCUUUUUAAUUAAAAAUUAACCAAGCCUAUAGAAAA